CUGAAAGAAUCCAAUCGACAGGGAGACUGACGUUUCCUUCCGCAAGAGCGAGAGAGAGAGAGAGAUAGUGAAGUUUGAUUUUUGAAUUUGAUUGCGAUUAUCAUAUAUAGUCUCUCCGUGUCUUGUAGUGGUAAAGCUCGAAUACUUUGUGGGUUUUUCAAACAUGGGGCGGCUUCCUCUUCUUCUAGGUUGAAGAUUCGCCUAUAUAUUUUUCUUGUUUUUUUUUUUUUUUUUUUUUUUAAUGAUUCUGACCGUUUGAUAUCUGUUUCUUCGUUACGAAACAAAAAUGAGCAGUGGCUAUCUCUGAUUUUGAGAUACUGUUUUCUGGUCCGGUGUUUUUGAAAGUGAGUGGGAGGGAGUUUUUGAAUAUCCUUCCGUUGUUUGAUUGCUGUUUUUGGAAGUACUGCUGGGUUUUCAUUUUACUGAGGAGAGAGAUAUUUGAAGUUAAGUUAUGGUCCGUUGCUGAUUCUUACAAGCAUUUCCGAGUUACAGCUUGGAGAGAAAGAGAGGUUUGAAGAUGAAGCUAUAGUGGGUUGCUUUCUGAGUAAAAAGGGACAAGUUUCUUGAGUUUCUGAGUCUUAAAGGCUUAAUCUAUAAUUCAUGUGUUUCUUAUUGCAACCGCUCCACUGCCAUCUAAUUUUUCUAUGAAAAUAUCAUCUCCUUACCGUGUUUUCUCGUCUGGGUUGUAAGCUCACAGGCCCUUGGUUUCCUCAUUAUUCCGGUUGUCACUGCUUUGGCCAAAUUUGAUCGUUAAGAUACAUUGAAAUCAUGGUGGAAGAUAGUGCAAUUAAGGUUUUGGCUGACACCCAGUCAGCUGAAGAGUGGUUAUCUCAUGCUCAAGGGCUUGUUCCAGUGGCACUUAAUAAGGCUAGGGAGGUAAAAGUGUUUCCUGGUAGGUGGAAGAUGAUAAUAUCAAAACUGGAGCAGAUCCCAGCACGUUUAUCAGACUUGUCAAGCCACCCUUGCUUCUCAAAGAAUGCACUUUGCAAGGAGCAAUUGCAGGCCGUUUCGAAGACGUUGAAGGAAGCGAUUCAAUUGGCUGAGUUAUGUGUUGAGGAGAAGUAUGAAGGCAAGCUUAGGAUGCAGAGUGACUUGGAUGGUUUGUCAGGGAAAUUGGACUUGAAUUUGAGGGACUGUGGGCUUUUGAUCAAGACUGGAGUUCUUGGAGAUGCUACUUUGCCUCUAUCUGUAGGUGUUUCUUCAGCCGAACCAGAGGCUGCAUCUCAUAGCAAUAUAAGGGAAUUACUCGCUCGGCUUCAGAUCGGGCACUUGGAAGCAAAGCACAGGGCUCUUGACAACCUUGUUGAAGUAAUGAGAGAGGAGGAAAAGAAUGUUUUAGCUGUUUUGGGCCGGAGCAAUAUUGCCGCUUUAGUUCAAUUGCUCACAGCAACAUCUCCACGUAUCCGGGAGAAGACAGUCUCUCUAAUUUGCUCACUGGCAGAAUCUGGGAGUUGCGAGAAUUGGCUUGUCUCAGAAGGAGUUCUGCCUCCUCUGAUUCGGCUUGCUGAGUCAGGUAGCUCGGUGGGCAAAGAGAAGGCUACAAUUUCACUUCAAAGGUUGUCUAUGUCUCUGGAAAUAGCUCGUGCAAUUGUUGGGCAUGGUGGGAUUCGUCCACUGAUUGAGAUCUGUUCAACUGGUGAUUCUGUUUCACAGGCUGCGGCUGCUUGUACUUUGAAGAAUAUAUCAGCUGUCCCAGAGGUGAGACAAAUUCUAGCUGAAGAAGGGAUUGUAAGGGUUAUGAUCAAUCUUCUUGAUUGUGGCAUGCUGUUGGGUUCCAAAGAAUAUGCAGCAGAGUGCUUGCAGAAUCUCACUGCCAGCAACGAUAAUCUAAGGAGGUCUGUUAUUUCAGAAGGUGGCGUUCGGAGCCUAUUGGUUUAUCUUGAUGGUCCACUGCCCCAAGAAUCUGCAGUUGGGGCAUUAAGGAAUUUGGUUGGCUCGGUUUCUAUGGAAGUAUUGGUUUCACUUGGUUUCCUGCCCCGGAUAGUUCAUGUGCUUAAAUGUGGAUCGCUGGGUGCACAACAAGCUGGUGCAUCAGCAAUCUGUCGGAUUUGUACCACAACAGAGAUUAAGAAAUUGGUGGGUGAAGCUGGAUGCAUUCCUCUGCUUGUCAAGAUGCUUGAGGCUAAAUCAAAUGGUGUUAGAGAGGUUGCUGCACAAGCAAUUUCAAGCUUGAUUAUCCUUUCCCAGAACUGCAGGGAAGUUAAGAGGGAUGACAAGAGUGUGCCGAGUUUGGUACAAUUGCUUGACCCAACUCCACAUAACACUGCAAAAAAGUAUGCAAUUUUCUGCCUUGGAUCUCUUUCUUCAAGUAGGAAAUGUAAGAAGCUAAUGAUCUCAUAUGGAGCAAUUGGAUAUCUUAAAAAGCUCACAGAAAUGGACAUCCCUGGUGCCAAGAAACUGCUGGAGCGGUUAGAAAGAGGAAAACUAAGGAGUCUGUUCAGCAGAAAAUAGAAGCUAAUUGCAAGUGGCUUUUGUAUAAUGGUGUCCACCCCCCCCCCAGUUUUUUAUGUUAGUUGUUUCAUUGUCUAUAUGAGACAAAGUUGUUUAUGAUAUGAACUUGGAAUGCGCAAGCUUGCUAUUCCAUGCAAUCAAUGUUCUACUAUUAAUUUAUGUCUCUCUAUGCUGCUUGCGUA